AUGGCGCUGUCAAGCUCGUGGGAUGGCUCCAACAUCCAUGAGGACCACAUCGCGUUCCUCCGCCAGACGCGACGCCUGCCCGGCGAGGACUUCAUUCGGACUACUUUCCUGGCUACUCCGUCGUCGCCGCCCAAACUAUCGAGGCCCAUCGCGAAUCCCGGCGGGCCGAAGGCGCUGCAGGUGUGCGAGGUUGAGGACCUCCCGGCGGCGGGGGAGGGUGAGGUGCUUGUCGGGGUGGCCGCCAUCAGCGUCAAUCACGACGACACGGUCCAGCGGCGGGGCCGGUACCCGCCGCCGGCCGGUGCCUCGCCCUACCCGGAGCUCGAGUGCUCUGACACCAACGUCACGCUCAGGGCCAACGACUCCCCGCACUGGGCCGUCAGUACGCAGGUGUGCGCGCCGCUUACCGGCGGCGGGUAUGCGGUGAAGGUGGUGGUUUCGGCGGGGCAGGUGCUCCCGGUGAUGGAGGGGGUGUCACUGACUAACGCCGCCAGCUUGCCUAAGGUGGCCUGCACCGUCUGGUCCACCGUCUUCAUUACAAAUCACCACUCCCCCGGUGAAUCCUUCCUUAUGCAUGGUGGAUCAAGUGGAAUCAGUACAUUCGCUGUACAGAUUGCAAAGCACCUUGGUGUUAAGUUUUUUGUCACUGUAGGUUUGUUAAUUUUACACUUGAUAAGAGAGGAAAUAAUAUAUAGUAAGUUCUUUUUCUGAAACUGCCCGUGCGUUGCGACGGGCGCAUAUGUAUUCUAUAGUGAUUCAAAACUGAUUACAUGCAUACUACUUUUAAUUAAGAUCCGCAUGCACAUCAAGCAACAUUGUCCGACUUCUUUUACCAUUAUAAAUCACUUUUUUAGGGAUGUAAAUCACCUUUCUUUCUCCACCUAUUCCACCCACAUAUACAGUUCGAAGUAUGUGUGCAUCAGUUAUAUUAUCACGUA